AUGUUGGCACAGGUAUCGGAUCCAAUCCGACCUUCCUUUUUAAAUGGUGAUGGGCUUACUGGAGGCCUAUUUGCACUUGUCAUGUCACACCACGGAUUGGCUGUACCUGAAUGUGCAAGACCGGCGAUGGUAUAUUACCACGACCUACUAUUUAGUGCUAUCCAUGUACGAUAA